GCAGUAAACAGCCAAACAACUUCUCCUAGUGAAAAAUCACAGCAGUUCGUAAUGUGCGCUGGGCACUAUGCCUCCAUGGAGCUCUUGUUGGUCCUGGUGUUUCCUCUCCGUCGUUCUUGCUGUCAACACUCGGCAAACCUCGUCAGCUCCAGAUUUUACUGAUUACCUGCACAGGAUCCUGAAGAACCACACUGCUCAUGCCUGUGAUGGAGAGACUCUGUCCAUCAGAUGCCCCUCUAGAACAUCAGUGGCUGUGCUCUCUGCGUUUUAUGGCCGUCACGUCCCGAGUCCAUAUCUAUGCCCGUACACAAACCUGAACAUAACAGAAGAGAACACUGACUGUGCAUCGACCACAGCCAUUCAGAAAGUGAUGUCUGAGUGCCAGGAUCGACAGGAGUGUCAGAUUCCUGUCGUGAGUCCAGUAUUUGGUCAAGAUCCCUGCCCUGAAACCAGGAAAUACAUCAUUGUCUCAUUCAAAUGCAAGCCUGAACAUCAUCGCUCGAGAACGGUGUGUGAGAAUGAGAGGCUGAGGCUGACCUGUAAGAACGACACGGUUCUGGCCAUCUAUUCAGCCACAUUCGGCCACCUGGAGCACGACAGCCUCGAGUGCCCUCAAGAGGCGAAAACAAAGACGGACAUGGAGUGCUUGUCUCCGUCAGCAUUAAGGAGGGUGUCGAGAAAGUGUCAUGGCCGGACCAACUGCUCUGUGAUGGCUGAUGCUCAGGGUUUUGGAGACCCCUGUUUUCCUGGCACCAGAAAGCACCUGCGAGUAUCCUUUACGUGUGUACCCCGGUAUCUCCUGGAAGAUGUUGGACGUGGAAACAUAGAUCCCUUCUUGCUCUCUGACUAUACACAUGGAGGGUGGUAUACUGGCCCCGGUGUGUCCAGACCACAAAACAUAUUCACCAACUCUCUGGAAAUCUUUUCCCAAAUCCAGGGUCUUCCAGAGACAGUUGCUCUAUAUUUUGUCUCUGGUAUAUGUGCUGGACUGUUUUUUUUGCUGUGUUUGUUCGGCCUCAAAUCCACCCUAAUACGAGAUCUGAAAGACCUGGCCUCUGAGCUGGGAGAUGAGCUGAGGUCCUUUGACGAUGAUGCCUCCUUGCGUUCUACAUUUCCCCCCCUCACGCGCCCUUAUCGCACACCGGACGUGUUCAACCCAGAGAUGAUAAUGACAGUGGUGAUGGAGGACAGAAGGGAUGAGGACAAACCCGAAGUGCCCAAUGGAGACAUCUGGCCCCAUAUCAACUCCAGCCCUUAUGCAAUGCACAAAAUCAAAACCACCUCUGCUUGAUCUCAAUGUUCUCUGCAUGUUGUUGACCAUUUUCUUUAAUAAAACAAACACUAAUUGUACUAGGAAGAUUGAAAUACAAGAUUAGAGUGUCUAGGUCUUAUCUGCUUGUGUUUUCUCAAUAGACUAUUCAUGUAUGCAUUUUCAUAUUUAUGUAUAAUUCAA